UUCUUAGAGUUGGCACCUUUAGGUGGCAUUCUUAUUUGAUCACUUUCACCAACAAGUAUUGUCGUUCGUUAUCAAAGAUUAAAGCUGAGAAAGUGCCGGAAGGAUCAGGCAUCGGUAUGGCACCUGAGAAGUGACUUGCCUUUUCAUUCGCACCCAACAAAUUCCCCCUUUUGCUAUCCCACUACUGGGAAUACUGUAACCCCCUCCACUACCUCAGCCUUUCUCCCCUAUUAGUUCUAAUCACCGUAACACCCUAUAAUCGUUAAUCGAUCAUGAGUAUCUCCAAAUGGGCUGUCGGUUCCGCCUAUGGUCCCGUUCUUACGUCGACGGAGCUAUACCUCCUCCAAGCAGCGGAUGGAUGUAAAGGGCUAGAACUCAACCCCAUCCUCAACCAUUCGUUGAAGAGUUUCCAUUUGGUGUUCAACCUUGCGAAUGGAGGGUAUGACAACGCCGAUCCGGAUAAGGAUCUCGCUUUUACGCAGGGAGAUCAGCCUGCUACGAUCCCCCGGGUCUCCGAACUUUACGUCAUCGCCAAAAUUUCUCCUUGGGUGGCGACCGUUACAGCCAGUCAGCCAAAACGUGGUGUAACGUUAGGAGAUGUGAUCAACUGCGUUUGGUCGACAUACGGGGAAAAUACUAUCACCGAAGCCGAGUGGUCUUCCCUUGGUGUCCGUGAACAGGAACGUGUCAAGCGAGCAUCCGUGAAUAACCAAAUAAAUUCCAAUCCCAGCAUGGGCUGGAACGGCGGAUACCCUUUCAGCCCUUCCACAAUGGAUGCGAAAAAUUUCAGACGCUCAGAUUGGCUUCGAGACAAGAUUUUCUUUGACGGGAUAGAGAUUGAUGAUGAGUACGCCGUUAAGCGACUUGGUUUUAAAGCACCCAAUGUCUUCGUUAUGUCCUUCUGCGGAUAAACGCUGUCCACCCGAGUCCGUUGCCAUCGCCUUAGUAUGCUCCCCUGUUUCUG